UGCGCGGCCGUGCGUGCCCCGGAAGCAGUUCCUCGGCUGGUGACACGUAGCAACAGGGCUACUGCCGAGUCUGGAGCUGAGUUUGAGGGAUUACUAGGGGCCGCUGGAGCCGCCGCCGCCGCCGCCGAAGCCUUAGAUCGUUUUGCAAUGUCAGGCUUUGAUAACUUAAACAGCGGUUUCUACCAGACGAGUUACAGCAUCGACGAGCAAUCUCAGCAGUCCUAUGACUAUGGAGGAAGUGGAGGACCCUACAGCAAGCAGUAUGCUGGCUGUGACUACUCACAGCAAGGCCGGUUUGUCCCUCCAGACAUGAUGCAACCACAGCAGACAUACACUGGGCAGAUUUACCAGCCAACGCAGGCCUAUCCUCCAACAACACCUCAGCCGUUCUAUGGAGACAGCUUUGAGGAGGAGCCCCCUUUGUUAGAAGAGUUGGGCAUCAAUUUUGACCACAUUUGGCAAAAAACGCUAACGGUGCUACACCCCCUGAGGGCAGCUGAUGGCAGCAUCAUGAAUGAGACCGACUUGGCAGGGCCAGUGGUGUUCUGCCUUGCCUUUGGGGCCACGCUGUUACUGGCUGGCAAAAUCCAGUUUGGCUAUGUAUACGGGAUCAGUGCAAUUGGAUGUUUAGGAAUGUUUUGUUUGUUAAAUUUAAUGAGUAUGACAGGUGUCUCAUUUGGUUGUGUGGCAAGUGUCCUGGGGUAUUGUCUUCUUCCCAUGAUCCUGUUGUCCAGCUUUGCAGUGGUAUUUUCUUUACAAGGAAUGGUAGGAAUUCUUCUCACUGCCACAAUUAUUGGAUGGUGUAGUUUUUCUGCUUCCAAAAUUUUUAUUUCUGCAUUAGCUAUGGAUGGACAACAACUUUUAGUGGCAUAUCCCUGUGCUUUGUUGUAUGGAGUCUUUGCCCUGAUUUCCGUCUUUUGAACUGAUUUUGUCUGGGACAUGGAUAUCAGUGGGCCAAAUUCAUAAAAAGGACCUUGGACUCUUAAAAUUGGACCAGCAAACAACUGCAGUGCAGCUCAUCCUGCUUCCCAGUAGCCCGGAAGCAACAGAAAUAGACAUUUGUUCAUCCGUACAGGACAGCUGAACACAACGAAGUCACCUGAGUCAGCUAGCUGAGCGUUUGUGCUUAGACAGCCAAGAAGUACGAUUUCUUUCCUGACCCUACAGCCUUUAACAAGUCCUUUUCCUUACAAAUUAUAGUAGGAUGUUUUUGAUAGAUUUUUACCAAGUGGAAAACCAACCACAAAGCUGAUAAUAAUUCUCAGAAACAACCCAGUUAGAAUAAAGAAGAAACAAGUUUUACUGCAGAAAUAUUUUUCAAAGGAAUUAGGAAAGAAAAUACUUGCUGUAUCCUCAGUUAAGUGCACUGAAGUAAAGCUGAACAAAACAGAACACCAACAUAGAGCUUUUUGAGUUUGCACAUCAAAUAUUGGACAUUCCUAUAAACUGUCUCAUGAAAUCUAUGCUGAGAUUCAGAGAUACAAGCAGUUCACAAUCUACCUUCUUGUAGAGAUUAAAUGUGAACAACUAUUUAGACAUUAGUGUCAACUAAAUCUGGACUGGCCACGUGAAUGCUUAGUUCUGUCUCCACAUGUCCCAGGAAGAAGAAAUCACUAAGUUUUUUUGAGAAAACAAUAUUUAAAAUUUCACAAUUUCAGUAUUGCAUUAUCAAUGUAUAGUGGAUUUGAUGCUUAUUAAAUUUUUCCCAAUUAA